UCUAGGGCAUCGCCAGCUGCCCUUGCUUCGUUAUCUUCCACUCUGCAUCCUCUCUUCCCCUCUCUAUGUAUACAGAAAUAUAUAUUCAUUCAUCCACGCAGUGAGAGAGAGAGAGCAGAGACAGAUACGAGAGAGACACAGAGGAGAAGAUCAACAAAAGCAGAAAGAAAUGGCCGGAGUGGGAAGAAUUAAGCUGGGUUCCCAAGGUUUCGAGGUCUCGGCGCAGGGUCUCGGCUGCAUGGGCAUGUCCGCCUUCUAUGGACCUCCAAAGCCCGAAGAGGAGAUGAUCAAGCUCAUCCACCACGCCGUCAACUCCGGUGUCACCUUCCUGGACACUUCCGACGUCUACGGACCCCACACCAACGAAAUCCUUCUCGGCAAGGCGCUGAAGGGUGGGGUGAGGGAGAAAGUGGAACUGGCUACCAAAUUUGGGAUCAAAUUGGGCGGCGGCAAAAUGGAGGUGCAAGGCGAUCCGGCCUACGUGCGGGCCGCCUGCGAGGCUAGCUUGAAGCGGCUCGACGUCGAUUGCAUUGAUCUCUAUUACCAGCACAGGAUUGACACUCGCCUUCCCAUCGAAGUCACGAUGGGGGAACUCAAGAAGCUGGUUGAAGAGGGAAAAAUAAAGUAUAUUGGUCUAUCUGAGGCCUCUGCUUCAACAAUCAGAAGAGCUCACGCUGUUCAUCCAAUUACAGCAGUCCAAUUAGAAUGGUCUUUGUGGACAAGAGAUGUGGAGGAAGACAUAGUUCCAACUUGCAGAGAGCUUGGCAUUGGAAUUGUUGCAUAUAGUCCAUUAGGAAGAGGAUUCUUUUCUUCAGGUCCCAAGAUUGCUGAGAACAUCUCAAAUAACGACUUCAGAAAGAGUCUCCCAAGAUUCCAGGGUGAGAAUCUCAAACACAAUAACAUCAUAUUCAAGCGGCUUAAUGAAAUGGCAGCAAAGAAGGGGUGCACCACUGGUCAGCUAGCGUUGGCUUGGGUUCAUCACCAGGGGAGUGAUGUGUGUCCUAUUCCUGGCACCACCAAGAUUGAGAACUUCAAUCAAAAUAUUGGAGCCUUGUCAGUGAAACUAACGCCAGAAGAAAUGGCUGAACUGGAAUCGAUUGUAUCUGCUGAUGCAGUUAAGGGUGACAGAUAUGGGGGCGCGACCCCUUCUUGGAAGGAAUCAGAGACUCCACCCUUGUCCUCAUGGAAAACUGAAUAAAAACACAGCUUUCCCAUAUAAUGGUUGUUCAAGCUGAGAUAUAAGAAAACUAUUUCUGUGCUUGUGCUUCUGGCGUGCUUGGAUUCUGUUGUUGGUUAUUACACAAAACCAUAUUAGGGUGCCUUCAGCAGGAGCGGGGCUACCCCUUGUGAUUGUAGUCACGUUUGGAUUUAGCUAAUAAAAAUGAACUUUUCCUUCA